GAGGAAGAUCACAUAUCUUCGCGUUGAUGCGCCCCUGUGCGGUUGCUUCUCGGAGAGACGCGACGGGGUGACCCUCGUGCAGCAGCAUUGCAGUGGUCACUCCGUCGAAUUGUGUCGUCGGGGACCCGGGAAUCCGCACCCAUGCGCAGGGAACGACGCAGUUGACAGGAAUUGCCCCUUUUUUCUUCGCCUCCGGCUGCAUCUUGUGCGGCAUCCCGGUUUUCUUUCUUGCCGCGCACCCCGUCGCGCGGAGGGAGCAGAAUUCUAGGGUUACCCGCCUUGCUACCGUAGUCCGAGGAAUUCGCGCACUCGAGCGAGCGUCGCGGUGAGGAGCGAAUUCUGUUCAUUUCUGUGGAAGGCCAGGAGGAGAUCGAGAAGAGGAGAGGCCCGAGCGUUUCCGCAUGGCUUCUCUCGCUGCUGCGUCUGUGCAGGAUUCUCCACCGUCGGCCUCGUCGCAGCAGCAGCAGCAGUCAGUGAAACCCGUCAAACGCAGCGAUACAACGAUUCCUCCGUAUUUCAAAGCGCUCUCUGGCUCGCUGGGCGGCGUCGUGGAAGCCGGCUGCCUCCAACCCAUCGACGUGAUCAAGACGCGGCUUCAGCUGGAUCACGCCAAACAGUAUAAGGGAAUUUGGCACUGCGGAUCGACCACGAUUCAGUCGGAGGGAGUGCGAGCGCUAUGGAAAGGAUUGACUCCGUUCGCAACGCAUUUGACAUUGAAAUAUACUCUGCGAAUGGGCACCAACGCCGUUCUGCAAACAGCCCUCACCGAUCCCAAAACAGGACAUCUGAGCAACGGAGGUCGUAUGGUGGCCGGAUUCGGAGCGGGCGUCCUGGAAGCGCUAGUCAUUGUCACUCCCUUCGAGGUGGUGAAAAUUCGACUGCAGCAGCAACGAGGCCUGUCGGCUGAUCUUCUCAGGUACAAGGGCCCCGUGCACUGCGCCACGUCCAUCGUUCGCGAAGAGGGCGUGCUGGGCCUGUGGGCAGGGGCUGCCCCGACGGUGAUGCGCAACGGGACGAAUCAGGCCGUCAUGUUCACGGCGAAAAACUUCUGCGACAGAGUGUUGUGGAAGAAAAAAGAAGGCGAUGGCCAGACGCUUCUGCCGUGGCAGUCGAUGAUCUCGGGAUUCCUCGCAGGAGCCGCUGGGCCCGUGGCCACAGGACCUUUCGACGUGGUCAAAACCAGGUUGAUGGCGCAAACUCGGUACGCCGUGGCGGGAGUCGACGAACGCACUCGCUACACGGGCAUGGUGAACGCCAUCCAGCGAAUUGCCGUCGAGGAGGGCCCCAGAGCUUUGUGGAAAGGUCUUCUGCCACGGUUGAUGAGGAUUCCUCCCGGCCAGGCCAUCAUGUGGGCUGUCGCCGAUCAAGUGACCGGGCUGUACGAGCGGCGGUUCCUGCAGCCCGCUUCUUGACUGCUCCUCCGCUCUCCUCGAGUGAUUGAAAAACAUUUUUGUUCUCGGCAAUUUUGCUCGUUUCUUAGACUUUGAUUGCACUUUCUGCCCGUGGCAUAUAUCCGCAGGCGUAACUGUCCUACACCAUAUCCCCGGCCCCGACUAGCGAGUUUUGUAUUCAGACUGUGACAUGUGCCGGAAGAGAGGAAAAGCACUAUAGACUCUCAAGUGGUAGAACUAUCUGAGAACUGUCAAGGAUGCUGGAGACCGAGCUCCAUCUCCACCAGGCCAUCGAUGUCUUUAGCCAAUUAUUUGGUCAUGCGACUCAUCGUUGCGGAGUCUUUAGUCGGCUCCGUGUUCACGUGACCCAUAGUGGAACUGAGCAUCUGCUCACAUGUUGUAACAAGAAUGCUUAGUGUUAGUAAAGUUGAGACCCUGUCUUUCUGCGAGAGAACCAUGAGUGUCAGCUCUGGUUCCAGUAGGCAAAGUCGGCAGAGUGGUUAUUCCCAUC